AUGGCAACUACAGACGCACCGGGCAGCGGUGCCUCGGUACACACCGGAGGAGAGACUUCAACACCCAAUGGGAGCAGCACCAUGCCCUCGGAUGCAGAACAGCCAGCACAACAUGCUUUCCCACAAAAACAACAACAGCAACAACAACAGCAACAACAGCAGCAGCAGCAGUCGCAAAGGCCAAGUACGGCGCCUCACUCCGGCCAGAAUGAGCUCGCGUACACCUACAUGUUCGAACCAGAGAAGACUCCUACACCGCAAUUAAUUGCCCUCCUGGAGGCCAUCGCCAAGUACAUCAUUGACAACAUAGGCGGCAAGGAUAUCACUGAUCUGCGGCCAAAAAAGCUUGCAGCCUUCUAUCAUGCUGUGGGCGGCGAUUAUGACUCGCUUUUUGUGAAUGCACCGGACAAGUCAAUCUCAUAUAUUUGGCAGGCGCUUGGCGUGCAACAUAUCCUGGCCCAACCCGAAGACUUCUCGCCGCCAUCAAUACCAGCUCUUACUAUUCGAGGCUUUGUGCGAUGGGAAUCCCUCCAGAUUCUUCUUGGCCCGGAAGAGCACGUUCCUUUCCUGCAGUUCGCUGUCCGUCAUUGGAAUCUCAAACAUCCUUACACUGGAGAACCAUUCCCGCCAAACCUACCAGCCAAUGUCUUUCCGACACAAUGCGACCCGGCCAUUGACAAGUGGCAUCGAGACUGUGCCAGGAAUCUUAGGCAAAAAGCAAACUCCAGUGAAGAAGACUUGCAGCCGGAAUCCAAACGGCCUAUACCACGAGACCCGCGCAUCCAUUCUGCAUAUGCCCAUGUUCGUAGCAGCGCCAGACCCAGCCCCGGUGUAACUCGACCAGAACAGGAGUACUUCAACCGCGGGAGGGCAUCCACCUAUACACAUAUGCCGUACGCAGCACGUUAUAAUGAGACAGACUACAGUUCACGGCGGUCAGUUGAUGAACGUCGCACCACCGAGCAAGUUCCUGAAGAUGUGCCACGAAGACGGAGUUACUCGGACUUGCAUUCGCCCACCGGGCCGAGGAACGAGGGCGACCGGGCGUUUUCAGGUGCGCCUCACAGCCUUCCCCGCCGGCCUCCGCUAUCAGUUCACCAAAAUGCUGCUCGACCACACAUCAGUUCUUCUUCUGAUUCGGAAGAUGAGAUGGUCCUCCCUCGCCACGGGCCGCAGGCUCGCACUUACGGACCUUCUCACGGCGCGCCACCGCCUGUCACCGUGCGCCGGGUCCCCCAUGGUCCGGUUCCGCCGCAAGUGAUACCAAUGCGAUCACGCCGUUCCGAGGCACGGUCGGCCGAUGAUUCCCGAAGGCGUAGUCUGAGGUCCGAGAUUGGCAAUAAAUUCGCUUCUUUCCUUCCAGGAUCAUCCGAUCGAUUUCGAAGCACAUCGCGGGAUCGGCGCGCCGCUCCAGUCAUUGCUCCUUCCCGUUCCCGCAGUGGCAAGGCUUCUCCCACCACAAGGCGCAGUCGCAGCGUCUCCGACGAGUCGACGUCCAGCAGAUCCGAGUCUAGUUCCGUCCUCAGGCAACGCAGAGCGGUGGAAAGAGAUAAAGAUAGGGAUUACCGGGAAAGGGAUCGUGAACGGGAUCGGGAGAGAGAGCGAGAACGAGAGCGCGCGAGAGAUCGCGAAAGGCAAAGAGAGCGAGAGAGAAAGCGCGAUGCUGACAGGGUCCGGGAGCGACAUGACGAACGUGAGCCUAGAACCCACAAGGACAACGGGUAUCUGCGGCCAAGUAUGGAGCGAAGGACGAGCAGCCAUGCUGAUAUUGAUAGGCGGGCUCCUCGUGACACCGGUUGGGAUCCGCGAGACCGAGGGCGCAAGGGUGAUCGUGACCUUUCCAGCCGGCGCAAUUUGUCCUCAGACGAACGCGCACAGCUCGAACGUGAACGCCGGCGCCACAAUGACAGAGCAUCACCGAGCCGAGUCUCCAGUCCAGCAGUUGCCACGGGGGUGCAUGGGCGUCGAUAUCCCCAAGAACCUCGCUAUUUGUAG